GCAAGUUAUCAUCAUCAUCACAUGAUCGCGUGAAACCCUGCUUUGACCCUGCGAAUAAUGCAGUUCGCAUCAGCAUGGAGGCCGGCAACCUAGCGUCAUCCAGCACUUCCUGACAGAACAUCUUAUUACACCCGAUAGGCACACACACGUGUUCUUCUGCGUAGAUCCGGCGAGCGCGGCUAUGCCGGCGGCGAAGGCUCGCAGGGAGUCCGUGUACUCGCUGCGCAACUGGACGGCCACCGAGGACGAGCGCUGUCGAAGCCUGUCGCACCUGGGUCUGCUCAUGCCUCUGUACCUGUCGCCGAUGCUCUACUACAAGACUGUGUACACUUCGUGCCUGUACUGCCUGCUUCUUGUGCUGUUCAUGUGGGCCUUUAACACUGCGCCCAAGCCAGCCAUCGCUUUCCUCCACAUGGUCAACCUGCCAUUGCUCAAUAUCAUGGGCGCUGAAGAACUUGCUGCUCAGUACCUCACUCUGGACGCACUGCUGCUGGUGAUCCUGCUGUACCUGGUGGUCCUGGUGGACACGCUCACCGACCUGGUGCGGCGCAUCGCGUACACGGGCUGCAGUCGAUACGGGCUCCGGCGCAACGGCGUCUUCCUGUCGCUGUGCGGCGCCACCUUCGUCGGCGCCAUGCUCAUCUCGACCGUGGUGCUGUGUGUGCCGCUGCUGUACCUAGUGGACCGCGUUUUCUCCGUCAUCUACAAGGAGAGCAUGGACCAGCGACUGAUCGGUUCGCCGACCAGCCGACCGAGCCCUGCCAGUAGCUCCACAGGGUGCCGUGACGUCGAGGGACUCUUCGAGCGGCUCGCUGUGCUCGCACGCAAGCUGCCCGUCUCUCUGCACGAAGAACAGACCAUGGCACCAUCUCUGGGCAGUCGGCAUGCUGGCUUGGCGACACCAAAGAAAGGCGAGCAGGCAGACGAGCCUUCUGGUCACACCAGUGACGCGGCGGUUCUCCAAGCUAAGGUGCCGACGAUCACUGCCGAACCGCGCUCAUCCGCCGACAGCCAGCGUAACGCUGCGCUCCCCAACCACGGUCCAGACGACCACGCCGGUCGCCGGGCUACCGGCGAUGAGGCGCCCAUGUCGCCGCGCGCCCACCGCGGCGGCGGCCGGUCCAAGCACGGUGGCAAGAGCGCUGCAGGGAAGGACGCCGGCCCGCACGGGCCGAGCAAGAGGCGGUCCAAAAUGGCGGACAGCCGCCUGCUCAGUCCCGAGGGUGCACAGGACGCUGAGGAGCUCAAGAGCUCGGAGGCCGUACAGAGCCCCGUGAGUCCAGAAGGUGCGCGUGCCGGCGAAAUGCCGCGCAGUCCUGGCGCACUCCUAAGCGCCGAGUACGGGUCGUCAGCGGUGGCCAGCCCCGGAGAAAGAACGCAGCUGCACGACCACACCACUGGGGAGUCUCAUUCGCACCGGCGCGGGCGGAAAGGAACCGGGAAGAAGCACCUCAAGAGCCACAAGAAGGAAUCGCACAAGUCGGCCGAGGCGUCUUCCAAGCCUGGUGGUAACACGCAGGGGAUCUUGAAGGCAUCGUCGCCCGAAGACGCCGUCAAGGCGAGCUCUCCUCCUCCCUCUAGCGGCAACCUGCAGGUAGAGGCUGCGCUAUUCUCUCCCACCGAGUCGGCUAUUAAGCGCGCCUCGCCGCCCACCGAGACCGAGGAUAAAGCCUCCGGCGUCAUGGGCAGGCGCACCCUGGUCAUCCAAGAGUCUUUUCUGGCUGCUUCCAAGGAGAGGAAAGCUUCCGAGCAAGCGCUACGGGCCCAAAAGGACGUGCCGUCACCCGAAGAGUUGUCGCUGUCGCCCGCGGAUCUCGCGGCGACCGCCUCACUGGCUCAGCGCCGAGCCUCGAUCCUCAAGCAGCCGGGCACCCUACCACGCUUCACGGCUACAACCCGUGCGAUGGGCCGAAGGACUUCGGUGGUCGACUUCGGUGCCGACGAGUAUGCCGCAUAUGUGCCCGGAGACGUGGUGACGAAGCCGCGGAUCCUGUCGGACACGAGCCUGUCGACGCAGAGCGUCUCCCAGGCGCCGUCGCCCGACCACAAGGCGACCCGCAAGAGCAUUUCGCUGCGCAAGCAGUCGCGCGAGGAAUCGCGCGGCAGCAUUCGGCCCUCGUCCGCCUGCGUGUCUCUGAACGAUGAUUUGUCAAGGAAGCGGCGACAAAUGAGGCGUCGCGCAGACAUACACAACGCAUUUCUGAUGGGGCCUUCGCUGAUGAUGAUGCUCGGCAGCCUCUGCAGCUACUGGACCGGUACCUCCGCCCAAGCACUCAUGGAGCUCGCAAAAAACGUGGCGUCCCCGGAACCGGACAUGACGGCCUCUUCGUGGUGCGUGCUGACGCUUCCCGGCUGCGUGGCGGCGCUGCUGCUGGCCUACUUCUACCUCUCCUGGGUGCACGUGCUGCCCUAUGAGCCAGACGAAACCAACAUCGAGCACUCAGCUGCAGUGCAAAAUGCAUUCGCCAAGUUGAAAGCGCUCGGCACGCCAUCAUUGGCGGGCGCUCUUAUCGUGCACGGGGCAGUGCUGGCCCUCGUGAUGUGCGUGCCGGCUGGGUACAUAGGAAUCGACAUCAGGCUGACGCUGCUGAGCCUGUUGACAUGGACCGCACUGCUGGUGAGCGCGUUCGGCUCGCUGUUCGCAAAAACCGCUGUGAUGGUGCGUCAGGCCUGGUGCAAGAUGCCAUGGGGCAUUAUCGUCGUCCUCGGGGGCGUCCAGGUGGCGACCAGGGUCGUUGAGGAGUACGACUUACUGCCACAGCUAUUCAAGCUGUUCAAGCCGACCUUCUGGACAGCACGGUCGCAUAUCGAAGUACAGGCCAUUUUGGCCACCAUCUCCUCCAUGCUGGCCGAGACCACCAAUAACCGGACGCUCAGCCUGCUCAUGAUGCCCAUCGUGCAAGACAUUGCGGAGAGCAAGAACAUGUACCCGAUGUACUACGCCAUCCCGGUGGUUGUGGGUGCAUCCAGCAAUGUCAUCAUGCCCAUCUCCAUCCCCAUGGUGGUCAUGCACGAUAUCGGACGCGUGCCCUUCGUCCGACUCCCGCCGGGGCCGGGAUCCGACCCCGCAACCUCGGGCUUAGCCGCGCAACACCAAAACCACUACGCCACCACGUUGGUGCUCGGCAUAGUGCUGAAGAUGGUGCUCGUCGGCAUGGUGCUGCUCACGGUAAACGCCAUCGGCAGGACUCUCUACGACUGGGGCAACCAGCACGUCGUCCCAGACGCGUGACUAUCACCGACGGUCUUUUUCUGUUACUUUUCUUAUCCGCAAAUGUCGCUCUUUCAUGACUGUGAGAUUUCGAUUCAGAUAAUCUAAGCAUUCUGUUUGGCUUAUAUGCUCAUAU